UUUGUAUCAGCAGCGUGUGAAGAUGGAUGGGUCUUGUAUGGCACGAAGUGUUAUUACUAUAGCACAGGUGCAGUAACCUGGGACCAGGCGAACAUGGCAUGUCAGGCAAAGAACGCGACACUUGUAGAAAUUCUUGACGAAUCCCCAAUUUUUAUUCCUAGUGAUGGCACAUUCUGGAUUGGACUAAGUAGUAAGAACGACGAAGGUGAAUUUAUUUGGAACUCGGGACAACCUUUGACUUUUUCGAACUGGGUCAACGGAAGUCCGAGCGGUUCAAACAAUGAAGACUGUGUUACUUUGUUCUCAAAUGAAACCGUCUCUGGGUGGAAAGAUUUUACCUGCCAGUCUACUGUCCGAUAUAUCUGCGAACGGGAGCUAAUAGAAAUAUCACUUCCUACUUCCCCUGAAGUAUGUUUAUGGCUACGACAAGAAAACACCAGCGUGCAUGUGACAAACUGGACAUUGUUAAACAUGGGCAAUUUCACGGACAGUUUACCGGCCAGUAUAUGGGAAAAUAAUACAUGCCCGUCAAGUAACUUUUACAUCUGCGAGAACAACGCACAUGGCUGUUAUUUUCCUAACAUCUGUGACGUGAAUGCUGAAUGUGUAAGUGUCAAUGGAAACUACACGUGUAUCUGCAAUACAGGGUAUAAAGGGGACGGUAAUAUAUGCACGGAUAUUGACGAAUGCGCCGAUGGUGACCAUAAUUGCUCUCCAGAUGCUAAAUGUGACAAUACGCCCGGCAGUUUUACUUGUACUUGUAAUUGGGGAUAUAACGGCAAUGGAGUUUCAUGUAUUUCUCAGUUACGAUACCGGUGUAAUCCCGAUAACAGUAUUAACCUGUUCUAUCUGCCGGAAGAUAGUUACUUAUUUGCCAUGCAAGUCGUCGAGAACGGAAAUGACAUACCUUGUACGGUGCACGACGAAAAUGCAACAACUGUGACAUUGACUGGAUGCUCAAAGGAUGAGGAAAUUAUCGUUACAUACGGGUCGUACAGUGGAGUGGUUACAUACAAGGUACAUGGCGGCAGAAAUCUGGUGAUACUAAAAUUAAUUUGUCUGGAGAUUUCCGAUGAAGGAGUUAUUCAUUCAGUAAACAGUUCUUUUUCAACACAGCUAGGCAUAGACGAUGACAUCAAAAUCGAUCCUACAUACAGCGUGAAGUCAUUACUAAGUGCAGCUUCAACAACUGUGGGAAAGGAAAUAACUUGGACCAUACUCUUUCCAGAACACUAUAGUUUAGAAGUAAGUAGCUGCACGGCGUAUCCGGGUAACGAUGACUCAUCCUCAGAUUAUGUCAGUUUGAUCUCUAAUGGAGGAUGUGCGGUCAUCAAUGACCUCAUUAGUCACUUUGACAUUUAUAGUAAUGGAACUGCUUCCGCCAGAUUAAAUGCCUUCAAAUUUUACGGCUAUGAGAGUGUAUUCUUGAAAUGUAGUCUGAAAAUCUGUCCAUCCGAAACAACUCCUACAGCUUGUAUGACGACAUGUAGCCGAGAAAAAAGAAGCGUUCAAAUGAGAGCGUCAAGGCGACCAAGAUCGGUACUUCCGGUGACAAUAAGCAACUUGCUGUAUGUAACUGAGGUAUCCUUGACUUCUCCACAAUAGUCAUGUCUUGUGUGAUGAUUGUUUUGACAGAGACUGCACGAGGAUGAUUAUGAUUAUUGAGAAAACUAUUUAUAGAAAAAGAUGAAAUGUAUAAUUAUG